CUGCGCAUCCACGCUGACACGCUGUAUCAUCGUGCUUCUAACUCAUCAGAUUGAGACAAUUGGCGGGUUGACAUUCUAUGCUCUACUGGAGGCCGAUUGGUGGCAGCAUCAGUUACUUGAACUUGCCUGAAGUGUUUACUGUCCAGUCUGCGUCUACUUGGUGAUGUCUUGCAUACAAUGACUAGCGGUAUGGCCGGCAUGCCAACGAGUCUGAUCACUUUGAAUGACGACGUCUUCGCCACCCUCGUCUCUUACCUCGAUUCCACAACCCUGAAGUUCUUCACCUACAUGCUCAAUGAUAUGCCACAUCGUCUCUUCGCUCUACACGAACUGCGAUUGCACUGCGUAGUCCUAUCUCCCCCCGAAUUGCGCGUGCACGUCACCAACGAGACCGAGGAGCUCUACGCUGCGGGAGCUACGCUACUCGCCAAAAUGCUUCGAGGAACGGCCAAUCUGCGCACGCUGGUCAUGGACUCAGCCGAGGUGUGGAUGUCCUACGAGCCUCAAUUGAUCGAGGUCCUAGCCUCGAUGCAAACCCUACAGGAGAUAGAGGUGCAGUUCGUUGGAGCGAAUACUGCGAAGUUGAUCAACAAGAUGCAAUCAGCCCCCGUCCGCAUGGCCUUCAACGAGCCUCGACAGCGAACUCGAAAGCGUCUUCUACUACAUCCUCAGCUUCGUCUUCCAAGUGUCGAGUAUCUCUCAGCACAGGAUCCCCAUAACCUACCCGAACCAAUCGAGCUUGCGCGGGAUUUCCCCGUAUGGAAGAACGUUGUCCCCGUCCAUCUAUGUCAAUUGAUCCGCCAGCCUUCGUACACAUAUGGAGGCAUAUCAUGGAGUGGGUCUCCCGCCAGUGUGGCGAUAGAUCCGGGCGCACGCGCAAAUACCACCUCUGCAAUGAGCAACAUCGACCCUGUUGCAGUGAUUGUGGAAUUAGAUGGAACCUGGCAUCGUCGAAUUGCUACACGCUUGCGUUAUCUGGCUGUUGCGAUCUAUGGUGAUUGUCGUCAACUAGACAUUGCGAACUGGUGGACUACGUUGUGCUCGGCCCUUGCAGAUAGCAACGUCAUCUGCUUUGAGCUUCGGUUCCUGUGUGAUGCGGGGGAUUCGCAGUCCGUUAACGGCGCCACUUCUGCAUCCAACGACUCCAGCGUGUGCUCUUUCAAGCAGGAGCUCGUGGACGUCCUUGGGGCCUCUGCUCGCAAGACACCCAUUACACUUCGCUACCUCUCUCUCGACGUACGUCCUGAGGGAGAGUCGCUUUGGAGAUACGACUUCCUCGCUCCAGACCAUAGCCAAGUGCUUACGACAUAUUCUGACUUGCAUUGGUGGAGCUUGGAAGGUGUAGAGGCUGCACGGGUCGCGAGAGUGCUCGACCCGGCCAAGGGAGAACGGAUCGCUGCGUAUCUCCGUUCGGUCCGAUACGACUACACCGUAGACUUCGACGGUUUGUCUGUCCUUUCCCUUGCUGGCGGUUCUGACUGAAGAUCGCAAUGUCCAGUUAAAAUACUACUCAGCGAGGGUGUCAACUUGUUCACAUCGACGUGCGUGCGGCUCGGGGGCUUGAGUUGUAGCUAAUAUGUCAAGGCUAUGCAGUGGAAAUCAUGUAUGUAUAUGAGGACGAUCCUAACUUGUGGAAACAACGGUCUGUUGUCUGGCUGUAA